AUCCGCUCCACUAUCUAACUGUCCUCCUCCUAAUGGAAGCUUCUGUCGACGACAGCAUGUGAUAUUAAACCAACGCGUUGUCGCCUAUCUCGCCGUCCAUCUCCAUCCAACCUCUCUCCGCGUUCCAUCAAGACCCGACGGAAGACGAGACGCCACCCAGCUGGAAGUUAGGAAGAUGACCUACAAAUUUAAUUCUUCCCCUCAUGGUUAUUUCUUUUUCUUAAAUUUCAUCCCACUUUUUAUAUCCCUCCUUGUUUAAUUUCAGCCCAAAAAAAGUUCCCACCUUCCUCUCUCGUCGAUUAGAUUUUCAGAUCUGUGUUCUUGAUGAUAAAGAUCGCAGCUUUUGCAUCCUGAAAGAUACUAUCUUUCCAAAUUGCUUUUAUGCAAUCAUUUAAAAAGUUGUAGUUUUUGCCUUCACCAUUCUUUUUCUUAUACUCUGCAUCGACAUUUUUUUUCUGUUCUGAGCUCUAACAAUGGCGGAAACAAAACCGAAUACCGACUCAUUGCCCAAACUCUCUUCAAAAAGACUUCCAGACUUCAAGCAAUCCGUUAAGCUCAAGUAUGUCAGACUCGGCUACCAUUACCUCAUCACCCACGGCAUGUACCUCUUCCUCACUCCAUUACUAGGUAUCAUUGCCGCGCAAGCCUCCACCUUUUCCCUCCAUGAUCUCUACGUUCUAUGGGGCCAUCUACGCUUCAAUCUCAUCUCCGUCAUUCUCUGCUCCGCCUUUCUCGUCUUUCUAUCCACCCUCUACUUCCUCAGUCGCCCCAGUCCCGUUUACCUCCUCAACUUCGCGUGCUAUAAACCUGAAGAAGCUUGCAAAUGUUCCCGUCAAACUUUCAUGGAUUGCUCCAAGUCCAGAGGUUCAUUCACUGAAGAAAACCUCGAGUUUCAGCAAAAAAUACUAGAAAGAUCUGGCCUUGGUGAAUCUACUUACCUUCCCAAAGCUGUCACCAACGUUCCCCCAAAUCCUUCGAUGGCUGAAGCCAGGAAGGAAGCUGAGACGGUCAUGUUCGGCGCCAUUGACCAGCUCUUUGCGAAGACCAAUCUUAAACUGAAGGACAUCGGAAUUCUGAUCGUGAAUUGCAGCUUAUUCAAUCCAACCCCUUCCCUAUCUGCAAUGAUUGUGAAUCACUACAAGCUCAGGGGAAAUAUUCAGAGCUAUAACCUCGGCGGCAUGGGCUGCAGUGCAGGGCUCAUCUCAAUAGAUCUUGCCAGGCAGCUACUUCAGUCCAAUCCAAACUCCUACGCCUUGGUUGUCAGCAUGGAGAACAUCACUUUGAAUUGGUAUUUUGGUAACAACCGAUCUAUGCUCGUCUCAAAUUGCCUUUUUCGAAUGGGUGGAGCUGCAAUCCUUCUAUCAAACCGGUGGUCGGAUCGAAGGAGGUCAAAGUAUCAGUUGCUUCACACAGUUAGGACACACAAAGGAGCAGAUGAUAAAUGCUACGCAUGUGUUACCCAGGAAGAAGAUGACAAUGGGGAGAUUGGAGUUUCUCUAUCAAAGGAUCUUAUGGCAGUUGCUGGCGAUGCUUUGAAGACUAAUAUCACCACACUGGGUCCUCUUGUUCUUCCCAUGUCCGAGCAGCUGCUGUUUAUGGCUACAUUGGUGGCGAGAAAGCUUCUCAAGAUGAAGAUAAAGCCAUAUAUACCAAAUUUCAAGCUGGCGUUCGAGCAUUUCUGCAUUCAUGCUGGUGGAAGGGCUGUGUUGGAUGAACUGGAGAAGAAUCUGCAGCUCUCUGAGUGGCACAUGGAGCCAUCCAGGAUGACACUUUACCGCUUUGGGAACACAUCAAGCAGCUCCCUCUGGUAUGAAUUGGCUUACACUGAAGCAAAGGGAAGGAUUGGGAGGGGGGAUAGGAUUUGGCAGAUUGCAUUUGGUUCUGGAUUUAAGUGCAACAGUGCAGUAUGGAAGGCGUUGAAGAGGGUGAAACCUGCGGAGGAGAAGAAUCCUUGGAUGGAUGAAAUUGAUAGCUUUCCAGUUACAAUUCCGAGAGUAGCAGUAAUCAACUGAGCUGUGGAGAUUUCAGUGAUAAUUUACAGUGCCUUAUUAGGCGUAGCAUUUUAGAUUUAAGUUGUGGUAGAGUAGUUCUUUUGUGGAUUGAUAUCCUUUGUUCUCUCAAGGGAUUAGAUAACAUGAACAUGUUGUUGUUUCGAGAGAAGAAAGUUGGUGUUUUUAAUUA